ACAUUUACAGUCUGUCUUUCCCACGUGGAGUUAACUGGUCAGUCUGUCCCUCAUUCUCUUUGUCUCCUGUAGCCUCCCAUUGACCUUAUCUGGCGUGUGUGUAAAAUCUUUGCAUUUAUCCUGGUCAUUGGUUUGAAGAAAUGUGCAGAGACCCUGAUUUUUGUAUGCUUUGGGAGUCUAUAAAAUGGAUUUGUGGAAUGACAAUCAAAUCUCCCAACCCCUGCUGUCUUUUGCCUUCUGCCAACUGCAAUGCUGAGAACCAGAUUUUCUGGAGUCUGUGGUUUUCUGUAUCUUUAAGAGGUUUUUUUAAGAUUUCUUCCUUUUGAAAUGUUUGUCCUGUGCAGUGGCAAAAGGGUUAUUGUUGUAAUUGGAAGGGCUGGAAAUUUACAUAAGGAGAGGAAAAAAAAACUUACACAAACUCAACAAACUCAAAUUCUGUGCUGGGAAUACCUGCUGUGUUCCCGUUAUAAACUCAGCUGUGAGCAGUUAUAAGAUUCCAUCUGUGGGAUGAGUUUCUUCUCCUUCACCCCUUCUUUUCCCUCUCUACAGUUCAAUAUGCUUUAGGUUUUUAGUUUCCCUUCCUAAUCAGUCUAUUGCAGAUAAAAAAGAAAAUGUGUGGAGGAGAGAGAAAAGGUUGCUAGAAAUAAUUUCUUUGUAAAUUACAUAACCUCCCCUCAGUGUAUUUAGGAAUGUGUCUCUGCCUUUCAGGCAUAACCCACCAUCUUCCUUUAAAGCAGCAGUCAAGGAGAUUUUGCACUAAGAUGUUGGAUUGUGAAAUGUAGCAGCUGAGGCACGGACACGUCUCCCUCUGUUCCCCCUUCCACGGGCAGUGCCUUCAGACAGAGGGGACAGAUGUGUCUGGGAAUGGCAUCGUCCCCAACCACUGCAGCAAAGCCUCCAGAUGGCCGGGCGUGCUGUGAGUGCCUGGUGUGGAGCAUCUCCCGAGGAGACCUGGCAAUCUUUGAAACACCAGCACAUUCUCAGGUUAAACACAUUCUGGGUGUGUGUUACACGGCCACAGCUGUCAUUCAAGCAGUUGGGAUGGAGACUGAAUAAACAGCCUGAGUAAUAUUUCUGUUUGAGUCAGUGGCAGAUUUGUCAGGGGCUUCAACGAGGUUUCUUCACCAACCUUUUAUCACUUUAAUUUCCCUGCUGUACUCUUGUCCAGCUAAACUAAUUAAGGCAAAAUGUGGCUAAAUUAGCUUGAAAGCAGAGGGUUUUUUCUUUAAAACUGAAAGUAAUUAUGAAAUCAUAUUUUAACUAUCUGCUCCCUGGUAUUUUAAGGUGCGAUAUAUUGACACCUCAUACCAAGUAUUUUUUAUUUCCCUGCAUUUGUUUUUAAGUGGCUAUGCAUACUUGGUGGUUUUUCUAUACACUUGACCUGCUAUUAAAGAAAUCUGACCAAAAUUUAAGUUCUGGAUAAACUAAUGACUAAAAAUUAGACUUAUUUCCUAUUUAAAUGGUUUGGUUGGCAUAGCUUAUAUCUUGUUUAUUUCAGAAAGUAUUUGUGAAUAAAAUCAGACUUUUUGCAUCUCAAGGAGCGAUUUUUGCCUGAGACUCUCUAAAUCAUUCAGACCCUUUCAUUUAAUGCUUUGAAAUAUUGAUUAAAUAUAUUCACUCUGGUUUGCUUUAAUCUGAUUACACAUCUAGAAGUUUUCUUCUGAUGUGGUGCAGCCAUGUCUGGUGUAAGCUGGCUUAAUUAGCAUUGCUCAGUGAUUUGGGACCCCUGUCAAAGGCUGUUAUGUUAUCUGGAAACAGAAGGAGUUAAAGCUGAAGCUGUGACCUCAUCCCUGUUCGUGUUACACUGGAGUAGAAGCUGCGCUGAAAGGGAUUGUUUGGCUGCAUGGCUGGCUGUGCUGCUGCUUGAUUGCUUUAAUUCGGUUCCGAUAUCUGUCGCACACUCGCUGAACAGCUCUUCCAGGAGGGAUUUGUGGGAAUGCUACAGGCGAAGCAAGCUGUGCUAAUAUCGCCUGCCCGUGGAAACAGCUCCCACGGCAAUAGACUCAGAUAGAUCUAUCUACCUGAUUUCAACUUCUUAUUGCUUCGCCUGUGAAAAUUGAAGCGGCAGCGAGGAGAGCUCACGCACAAACACUCGCGCACUCCCGGGCAGCCGCGUGUGCCAUUGAUCCCAUCCCAUCCCCGCCGCCGGCUGCGUGGGAGCUGCGGGAGCGCCGCUGUGGCUUUAACGUGGGAGCGGCGCAGGCUACAAUAGGUGUCACUGUGUGCCUGCAGCCAUUGGCUCCGCGCUGCCGGCUCCGGCCGCACGGCUGCCGGUCCCGCUCCGCUCCCAGCCCUUCCCGCACAACUUGGGCUCGCCGGCAGCCUGGCACCGCCGCCGUGCGCUCCUCCUGCCCUCUGCCCCGGCUGUAGCGCUGCCAGGCGGCUCCCGAUCGGGAAAGCUGGAAGGAAAGAAGGCUGGCAGGAAUGAUGGGGAUGUAUUUAACGGUUCAAGUACUGGAUCAAACUUAGUUUCUUACUCUGGGUGCUGGAAAGGUCACCUUGCUGGAAGAGAAGCAGACUCUCAGCUCUGCUGCUUUCGGUGUUACAGCUUGCACAUACGUUCCUAAAUGUUCCUAGCUAGUUAGGCUGUCGGUCUUCACACACGGGUAUACUGAUGGUAGAUGAGAAAGGAAAGAACAUGAAAUGUCUCACCUUCUUCUUGAUGCUUCCAGAGACGGUCAAGAACAGGUCUAAGAAGAGCUCUAAGAAAGGAAAUAGCAGCAGCAGUAGCAACAGCAAAUUGCCUCCAGUUUGCUAUGAAAUCAUUACCUUGAAGACCAAAAAGAAGAAGAAGAUGGCUGCUGAUAUUUUUCCCCGAAAGAAACCAGCUAAUACUAAUACAACUGCUGUCCAGCAGUACCAUCAGCAAAAUCUCAAUAACAACAACACUAUUCCUGCACCUAAUUGGCAAGGACUUUAUCCAACCAUCAGAGAGAGAAAUGCAGUGAUGUUCAACAAUGACUUGAUGGCAGAUGUUCAUUUUGUGGUCGGGCCACCAGGUGGGACCCAGCGGCUGCCAGGACACAAAUAUGUCCUGGCUGUUGGGAGCUCUGUAUUCCAUGCAAUGUUUUACGGAGAGCUUGCUGAGGACAAAGAUGAAAUCCGUAUACCAGAUGUUGAGCCUGCUGCUUUUCUUGCAAUGCUGAAGUACAUCUAUUGUGAUGAGAUCGAUUUGGCCGCAGACACUGUCCUGGCCACUCUUUAUGCUGCCAAGAAGUACAUUGUCCCUCACCUGGCCCGUGCCUGCGUUAACUUUCUCGAGACAAGUCUGAGUGCAAAGAAUGCCUGUGUGCUGCUCUCCCAGAGCUGCUUAUUCGAGGAACCUGACCUGACCCAGCGCUGCUGGGAAGUGAUUGAUGCCCAAGCUGAGCUCGCUUUGAAGUCUGAGGGCUUCUGCGACAUUGAUUUUCAGACACUUGAAAGCAUUCUCCGAAGGGAGACUCUGAAUGCCAAAGAAAUUGUUGUUUUCGAGGCAGCUCUGAACUGGGCUGAAGUGGAGUGCCAGCGCCAAGAGCUGACGGCCACCAUAGAGAACAAGCGCAAGGUGCUGGGCAAGGCUCUCUACCUGAUCCGCAUCCCCACCAUGGCCCUCGACGACUUCGCCAACGGCGCUGCUCAGUCCGGCAUCCUGACUCUCAACGAAACCAACGACAUCUUCCUCUGGUACACGGCUGCCAAGAAGCCGGAGCUGCAGUUUGUCAGCAAGCCCCGCAAAGGCCUGGUCCCUCAGCGCUGCCACCGCUUCCAGUCCUGCGCUUACCGCAGCAACCAGUGGCGCUACCGGGGCCGCUGUGACAGCAUCCAGUUUGCUGUUGAUAAGAGAGUGUUCAUUGCUGGCUUUGGGCUCUACGGCUCCAGCUGCGGGUCGGCAGAGUACAGUGCUAAGAUUGAACUGAAGCGACAAGGGGUUAUCCUGGGCCAGAACUUGAGUAAAUACUUCUCAGAUGGUUCUAGUAACACUUUUCCCGUGUGGUUUGAGUAUCCGGUGCAGAUUGAGCCUGACACCUUUUACACAGCAAGCGUGAUUCUGGAUGGUAACGAACUCAGCUAUUUUGGACAAGAAGGAAUGACAGAAGUUCAGUGUGGGAAGGUGACUGUUCAGUUCCAGUGCUCCUCGGACAGUACAAAUGGCACAGGGGUACAGGGAGGACAAAUUCCUGAACUCAUAUUUUACGCUUGAAUGGGAGUGUAUGGAUACAAAGCAUUUUGCUAUGAAGAACCUGUCUGGUUCAGGCCUACUGAUUCUUAGCUUUUUAUCUGCAGAUAUGUGAUCAGUACAGGGAAUAUGUAACUAAAUGCUGUGGGCAAGUUCCUGGCUUGCUGUACUUGUAGCAUCAUUGGUGAUUAAGUGUAAUAUUUAAACUGGAAGCUCUUAGAAACAAGCAAGUUUUAAAGGCUUUGUAAGGGGGGUGCCUGUUUGCUGGUGAUGCUGACCCUUUCUUUGAUGCACCAGUGAGGACAUCCCCCUCUUGUAUCUCACUAAACAUUGUCUUAAUUGACCCAUUUUUCUUUCUCCAUUUUCUGCUUUCUGCUUGUAUUGGGGAGGUAGGGAUAGAAAACGAAGAGUCUUGUUUUACAGCUCUCUCUGCUGUCUGCUCUGCAGACUUUAGAGAUUCCAGUGAACCAAGCUGUUUUUGACCACGGGGGCUGGAAAAAGUCCUUCAGUUAAAAGCAGAAAAAGCACAAGUUCAAACCUUCAUCCUGUGAGAUUCUCCUGUAGUCAACUCUUUGGGAUGGCUCCAGGGGAACAUGGGAAGAAGGAUGCAUCUUUCAGGAAGCUCCAUACCAGCCAUAUCCCCAGAGCAUGGACAUGUUCACAGUGAGGAAGGGAUGUGAGCUUGUCAAGUUACCCUUGGAGUUCAUUUUCUAGGAAUCCCACCUUGCAGGCAAGGAAGUACUUGCAUGUGUUCAAAUUGUGUAUGCAGCUCUUGAAACUCUACUCCCAUCAACUCCAUGCUACACUGGAGUUGAUCUGCUCUUUAAAUGGCAUUUCUUUGAACUAUUUCUAAAUAAAUGGGAAUUUAUAUAAAUCAUCUGAUGCAGGAUAAUUUUUUGUUUGUUUUGGGUGGGAUUUUUCUUCUUCCUAAAUAUGGUAGAGGCAGAUUUUAGGGGAACAAAAGAAUGUAUCAAUCUUGACUUGGAUUUUUUUUUCUGUAAUACAAUAUUUUUUUUUUCUUUUUAUUACCAGUUGAAAUUCAGACAAUGACAGAAGAUUCCCAACUGUGGUCAUGUUACACUUACUGUAUACCAUCCAAUAGCAGUGAGGGGGAGGAAGUCUCCCCUAAUGGGUUACUGUUGGAGCUCUUGCAAUUGCUUAUGGCUACACAUCAGUCAGAGGAUUAUGGGGUCUGGAACCUUUUCCUUGCCUGAGCUUUUCCCCCCAGGAAGUUACAUGUCCAUAUAAUUUUUGAUGAUGUAAUAGGAAGUUUUACAUGUCUGUCUCAUUUUUGGAAAAGUAUGAGGGAUACUCCUUGUAUCAGGGGAGGAAACCAGUAUAGAUAAGAGCUACAGGUACUAUUGAAACAUGAGAAAAUCCUUCAGUAUCCUGAUUCACCUCUGAAAUGGAUUCUGUUUGUAGCGUACCUUUUAACAAAAUGAGAAGACCAAAUGAUUCUUUAGACCUGCUGAAGAUUAAUAUUACAGUAUAUCAACACAUUAAUGUAGCUUAACCCUAAAUUCACUUGUCAGUUCUGUAAUAAAAAUGUUUUUCUCAUAUUCUUUUACCAGUUUAGUACUGUUACUCUAAGUGUUGCUUGAUAGUUGGAAUCCUGGCCCCCGGCCAUCAGAAAGUGCCAAAAUACAUCUUUGCAGUGUCCAAAUACCAUCUGAAGUAAGGAAAAGUGGAAUGUAGUCAAAGCCCAGAUCUUCCCUCUAGGUAAUAAAAGGAGAGCCAGGUAAAAAAGUACUCCACAGGAUUUAUGCCUUUCAUCCAUCUUAGCGUUUACUGUUUUGUAUACAUACAUACAUGUGUGUAUAAGCAGCACUCUUUCUGAAAUGUAAAUACCCUCAAAAUACAUAGAAAAAUGUUUUUGGUUUUCUUUUUUUUUUUUUUUUGUAACAGAU